AUGUUUGGCCUCGUCAUUUCAAUUGCGUUUCUGCUGCUUUCUACUACGCUUUGUCGCGAAUGGGCUUUGAAAUCGUAUCUUUAUCCUAAAUACUCAUUGAACUACAUCGACCAGGUAGAGUUCAAAAAUACAGUACUCAGCAAUGACUCUAUGCUCGAAAUCGGGUCAAUUGCUAGCAUCGGCAAAAAUACGAACUGUUUCAAGCCGCAUCUGGGGACUGAAGAAAUCUCAAAGGAAGCAUUGCAGAUAAAUAUUCAAGCCCAACAAGAGUUUGAGAAAAGUGUGCUUAUCAUCAAUGAACAGUUAUCAGGCCGACGGUUGGACCGUCGAAAUAGCGAUUUUCUCUACCAGUUCUACUUUGGCCAAAACGUGAGUCAAUGGCUGGUUCCAUCGGAAGAACUGUAUAAUGCAGGUAUGGUGGCCUCAGCUACGACGCUUCACAAUGAUAGCUUGAAACUAGCUCAAGAUACAGCAGGUUACUAUGUUAAAGAGAUUUAUGGAGAUGGAGAACUGUGCGAGAACACAAACAUGUUCCGUACCACUGAGGUGAGAUAUUUGUGCGUCCCCAAUGUCCCCGAACCGCGGCUUCUCGAAGCUUCUGAAUUCCAGUUGUGUCGCUAUGGAUUGGUCGUAGCAGUGCCCGGGCUUUGUCGACUUCAGCUUUUUUCUCAUGAUUUUGAUCAACAACAAUUGCACCCUAUCCUGUACUCUGAAGCCGACCAGGAUGUUGCCACAGCUAAAAUGGGCCAUUCACUAUUGAGGAGCUUUGUUUCUCAUUUUCUGGGUCAUAAUUUUUACCACUUGCAAUACCACUUGCCAUAUCAUGCUGCCAGCCAAUCUAUUGCACCAUCGAAGCUUUUGUUCACUGGGGAAUUGGUUCUAUCGAACGAGAAUUCAGAGCUACAUCCAACCGAAACCGUUUUUCUGGAGAAAGCGAUCAAGGCAUUCCAAAACAUUAAUGCUAAGGAUCUGUUUGAGACCCCAGACGGUUCGCAUUUUACAAUCGGUGACUACGAGUUGAAAUGGGAAAGUGAAGUUAUCGACAAGAAAGGACGAACACUGUGUGUCCUGGAAAUUGACAUCGAUGCUACCUCCAGGGCCAAUGUGUCAUUUUACAAACCAGAUUCUAUGAGUGAGCCCGUUCUCAAUAACAUCAUACAUUAUUCGAAAGUGAUACAUGAUUAUCCAGCACCCUCGGAGAAUCUCUCUACUACAGGAGAACUUCAAAUCCCGGAUAGAGCGAUGUCAUUCGACAUCGGCAACAACAUCAAGACGGACAAAAAACCUGUUUGGAAGAAGAAGGAACUAAGAAAAAAGGAAGCCGAAGACCUUAAUAAGGCGUUUCUCGAAAUUCGUGACUCCUUGGGUCUAGAGGUGAAAUUACUGUAUGCGAUGGAAUUAGAAGACGACAAGCCUGAAGACGAUUCGCUUGUGGAGGACGAAAAAGAAAUUGACAAAAGCAUUGAACCAGGUCGGGAACAAAUCAGGCCAACAAUUGAGGAAGACGAAAAACAAGUCGACGCUGUCACAGUACAUGACGAGCUUUAG